AUGGAGGAAGAUGGAAAUGGUCGUGGCCUCGGUCCUGGGUCUCCCAGUGCCUCCGUCGGUCAAUUUUCCUUCGCCCCUGCUACCCGAACCACUGUUGUUACGACGACAACCACAACGACCACCACGUUUCCUCCCGUGCUCAUUAGGCCGCCACGCGCGACGCAGGAUUUGGAUCCUAAAGUUUACCCACUGGCAUCUGCCCCUACACCAUCGGCGUUACGGAAUAUUCGAUUUGAACUUGGUGGUAAAUCGGUUGUGUUUAAUGAACCUGAAGAUACUGCGGGCACAUUGAACGAGUUGCACGAGAAGAAUGACGCGCUCAAAAGUUCGAACGGUCUUGUGCGAUCGGUGGCUUCCUUUACUUCGGACGAUACCCAGCUAUCAAGGCGUCUUGCACAUAGAACCUCCAACCAACCUUCUAACCACCUGUCGAUCUCCAAGCGUCGGCUUACGGAAGCACAACAGGGCUCACUACGGGCACGUCCGGCGCGAGUGCCGUCAGAGCCUUCGUUCCGUUCCGCCCGAUCUCAUGGCUCCACGCCAGUACAUCCUACCGUGGCUGGCUUAGCCACCCCGGAGACGGAAACCAAUAGCAAUAACGCCAUGGAAGGAAUAUUGUCGAGAAGGAGGAUCCACAGUGCGAGUAAUGCUCGUAGGGAGACAUUACUACGGUCUCCGCUAUCCUCAGAAGUCGAGUCUCAGGGGCCCUCGCAGACGGUGGACGCCAGGAAAGAGACCUUGCGUACAAAUACUGUCAUGCAGGAACAUGACAGACAAUCUGGCUGCGCGAACGAGACCGCUUUUGCCAGACCUGCACUGGAAAGGACAGGCUCUGACCCUAGGCAACACCUGACCGGGAUUGCUGCUAGUCAGGAUUCAGGAUACGAUGCACCAGGUGACGGUUCUCAGAAUUUGCCUGCGGAGUCGUCUUCGCAGCCUUUUAUUGACAAUAUCGUUGCCCAAGAUAUGUGCUUGCCCAGUCCCAGUCUGUCUCCAGUGGCGGCUCUGAAUGCUGCGAACAUCGAUUCUUCUUUUGAUUCUGCUGAAGACCAAGAGGAUACGGACUCCAGCUUUGACAACGGUGAUGCUCGCUUUAUUGGGCCUCUGCCCGUAGGGGACACCAAUGGCGAAGCGACGUAUGUUGCCAAAUCCGAACAGCUUGCAGGCCCAAUGAUGCAACGCCCCACUUCCAUGAUGGAUAUUCCCAAUGUGCUGGACUUUUUUGACUCGGUACCUGACGGAAUGAAAACAUAUAUGAUGUAUCAAUUUCUGAGGCGCUGUCCGAAACAAACGCUGCACUUUGUUGCGGACGUUGUCAACCCUGCCUUGAAAUGUGACUUCCUGUCCCUUCUUCCGCUUGAGCUCAGUCUGAACAUCGUGAAAUAUUUUGACGUUCAGACCAUGUGCCGCGCGGCUCAGGUGUCCAAGAAAUGGAGGCAUAUAAUCAAUUCCGACGAAAAGUCCUGGAAGGAACUUUUUGAUAGGGACGGAUAUGUUCUCCCUGAAGGGGAGAAAGAGGUUUCUGCUUCUGAGGGGCCUUAUGCGGCUGCGAAUGCGGCGGCGGCGGCCGUCCCAUAUCCGGACAUCGGCUUGCCGUCGCUCCGCGGUCUUCACCUCUACAAAUCGCUGUAUCAGCGUCACCACUCAAUCCACAAGGCAUGGAUGAAACCCAUUGUCAAGCCGAGACACAUCGCCUUCCGCGCCCAUGAUCGGCACGUAGUCACCUGUCUCCAAUUCGAUACGGAGAAAGUGCUUACCGGGAGCGAUGACACGAACAUCAAUGUUUAUGACACUAGGACUGGGGAGCUAAAGGCCACCCUUGAAGGCCAUGAAGGUGGUGUAUGGGCACUUGAGUAUUAUGGCAACACUUUGGUUUCUGGGUCUACCGACAGGUCGGUAAGAGUUUGGGACAUCGAGAAGGCUCGGUGCACUCAGAUAUUCCAUGGCCACACCUCCACAGUGCGCUGCCUGCAGAUUGUCUUACCGGUCGAGGUGGGAAAGAAGGCCGAUGGCACGCCCGAGAUGAUGCCAAAGGAACCGUUGAUCAUCACGGGCUCUCGUGACUCGAACCUUCGUGUAUGGAAACUUCCUAAACCAGGUGAUCCGGGAUAUUACCAAAGCGGACCUCAUGUCGAUGACACGGACUGCCCUUACUUUGUCCGUGUCCUCAGUGGACACCAGCACUCUGUCCGGGCGAUUGCAGCACAUGGUGACACGCUAGUGAGCGGAAGCUAUGACUGCACUGUGCGGGUAUGGAAAAUAUCCACAGGAGAGACCGUUCACCGGCUUCAGGGUCAUACACUGAAGGUCUAUAGCGUUGUCCUUGAUCACAAGAGGAAUCGUUGUAUCAGUGGAUCCAUGGAUAACAUGGUCAAGGUAUGGUCAUUGGAAACGGGUUCUAUCCUGUACAACCUGGAAGGCCACACAUCCCUAGUUGGUCUGCUUGACCUCAAGUGUGACCGUUUAGUGUCGGCAGCUGCGGAUUCUACGCUGAGGAUUUGGGAUCCUGAAACUGGACAGUGCAGGAACAUGCUGAGUGCUCACACUGGCGCAAUCACUUGUUUCCAGCAUGAUGGCCAGAAGGUUAUUUCAGGAUCAGAUCGGACACUGAAGAUGUGGGAUGUAAAAACCGGAGAUUGCGUCCGAGACCUUCUCACCGACCUCAGUGGCGUGUGGCAGGUAAAGUUCAACGACCGAAGAUGCGUUGCUGCAGUGCAGCGUGACAGUUUAACAUACAUUGAGGUCCUUGACUUUGGCGCUUCGCGCGAUGGAGUACCAAGCGAACAGUUAGGAAGACGCAUCGUCGUCAAUAGAUGGGGCCAGGAAGUUAGUGACACUGACGAAGAUUACGACCUUUCAGACGCCUGA